GGAUGCAAGUCUGAUGUAAGUUUCCAUCUGGGAGGAGGAGCACUUCUUUUCUAUAAACUGUCUGCCAGCUUCAUCUGAGACUUCCGGUGAGAGGGACACUCUUUGCCGGGGUGUUUGUUGUGUUGUGUUUUUGGUCAGCAAACCGGAUUUGCUUCCUCUGCUCGGCUUGACGGACUUCAUUUACCGCUCGACAUAUUUUCUGUUGUCAUUGGGAACCUCCGGUUCUCUGCGCUGGUACUAAAAUGACUGACAACCAUUCACAUAAAGAGGAGAAAGCAGAUCGCUCUGCUAUCAAUAAACUGUCUGGGAUGAAGAACGAGGUGGAAAAGAGUAAUCCAGGAAAUUCGAGCCUUGAUCAGCUUGAAAUUGAAAUUGGUAAACUCAGCAUUAAGGACUCAUCUGACAGAAAAGAUAUCAGAGUCAAAUUUUUGAUAAAUGUUCCAGUGGGGGUAACAUCCGAAAUGAGUACAAAAGCUGAAUCACAUUGUCAGAAGUUUCUUGAUCUUCUGAAAAGUCAAGCUUUUAGGGAAGAAGAUGGGUUCCGGUAUGAAGAUAUUGCUGUCGUUUUUGGCCUUAAUGGAAAAUAUGAAGAUGAAGAAAUUGUAAAAACUGAAUUGAGAAAAACUGUUGAAAGUGAAAUCGCUUUUAAAAAAUGGGGCUUUAAAUGGCCAGAAAGGAAGGAAAUCCCAUAUCGAUUAAUAAGAGAAAAAAAUAAACAAUCCGAGCACACCAAGGAAUUAGUAAGAAUCUUCAGGGAGAACUACCCUGGGGUUCCGAUCUACUUCUGCUUUUUUGACGCAGACCCAGUUGAUUUUAAUGAGGUGUUGAGUUCUUACAUAGAUGUAAUCAUAGAGCACAACUACCCAACAUUAAUGUCCACUGGUUUUCUGUUCCCUGAAGAGAGCGAGUUCAGAACAAACAGUGAAAAAGACCGUCAGGUGCGCAUAAUAACAGCCGAGCACUUUCCUCUGGGCACUUACUACCCAGAGCCUAACUUCUGUGUGCUUCUACCUGAAGGAUGUGAUACCCUUCCUGAGCGUUUUACUAAUACAAAAUCUAAACACAUGAACAUGGAAUCUCCCGUUUUGAUAAGACAAGUUAAACGACGUCAGGGUUUCUCUGCUGUGUUUGCAAACAAAAAUGCGAUUAUUACGCCUGAUUCACGACAAAAACAUAGUCACACCAAGCGAUGGACGUGGGCGAUUAGUGCUUAUGCACACGAAGAGCUUAACGUUACUAAGGCAUAUAAACAGAAACAGUUUGGAGAAGAAUAUGAAAAUAACAAGCGGAAAUCAAAUGGUGUGCAAAAGUCUUUGUUAAUGGAUUUGUUAAAAUCGGAUGAAGAGGCUCGAAGGAUAGAGGAGAAAAAGCCUUUCGAGGGAAAUGGUGCAGGUCUAGUUUUUACUGCAGCUAAAGCUGUUCGAGGGUAUGCUAAGACGGAGCAAGAAGAGCCAGGAGAGCAUGAAGAUCCAGAAAAGCUAGGAGAGCAGGAAGAUCCAGAAGAGCUAGAACAACCAGAAGAGCAAAAAUAUCCAGAAGAGCUAGAACAAUCAGAAGAUCCAGAAGAGCUAGAACAGCCAGAAGAGCAAAAAGAUCCAGAACAGCCAGAAGAGCAAAAAGAUCCAGGACAGCUAGAAGAGCAAAAAGAUCCAGAAGAGCUAGAACAGCCAGAAGAGCAAAAAUAUCCAGAAGAGCUAGAACAAUCAGAAGAUCCAGAAGAGCUAGAACAGCCAGAAGAGCAAAAAUAUCCAGAAGAGCUAGAAGAGCAAAAAGAUCCAGACGAGCUAGAACAGCCAAAAGAGCAAAAAGAUCCAGAAGAGCUAGAACAGCUAGAAGAGCAAAAAGAUCCAGAAGAGCUAGAAGAGCAAAAAGAUCCAGAAGAGCUAGAACAGCCAGAAGAGCGAAGUGAGCAAGAAAUGCUAAAAGAACUAAAACAACUAGAAGAGCUAAUAGAGAUAGAGGUGUGAUUGAUAGAGGGUUGGAAGUUGAUGAUGUUAUACAGACUGAUGUAUAAAUGAAAAGAUUUUAUUUACUUCUUGUCUUUUUUUAAAACGUUUAACAUGAAAACUAUGGCAUAAGUGAUUUUUAAAUAUGUUAUUUAUAUUAAUCAGUAAUCAACUCACUUUUAGAAUCAAAUCAAUCUGUGGGUGGGUUUGGAUUGUAUCCUGUAAUUUCUUUCCUCUUGUACCUUUAUUGUUGUAAUUUUUUUCUUUCGUAAACAUGCUAAUUCUCUUUUUGAAUGUAAUUUUCUCAAUGUAGUCGGUUGGUUUUUCAGAUGGUUUUUAUCUUUUACAUUUGACUUUUUUUUUUAUUGAUUGGUCUUUCCUGUAUUUUUUUCUUUGUAACAGUAAAUUUGCUUCGAUACGUAAACAUGACUGAAUACAUUAUUUAUCUCCAUCAGGUGUUUAAUAAAAGAUUUCUUGUUUCCCAGAACUGUCUAUUUCAGUAAAGCCUGCAGUU